UUUUACCAAUGUUGGAAUUGGGAAUAAAUUUUCCCUCCUUAUCCACUUUAUCUCUCAACAACAAACAACAACAAUGGCGUCUUCUUCUUCUUUAUCAUCAAUAUUCCCAUCUCUCACCUCCACAUUCUCCUCUUCUAAACCUUCAAUUCUCUCACUCACACACCCUUUUACUAAAACUUAUAAGGCGUCUGGCCCAAUAGUGAAGGCCCAGACUCUAGAAUUUUCGGGAUCUUUCUUUGAAGGUGGAUUCGGAGGAGGAGAUGAUGAGCCACCAGCAACUACACCUUGGUCUGGGAUUUCAGCCGUUGAAGAUAAAGAGGAGCCGCAGUGUCCUCCUGGGUUACGCCCUUAUGAAACUAUGGCGGUUUUGAGACCCGACAUGUCUGAAGAUGAGAGACUUGCUCUUACCCAGAAAUACGAAGAGUUGCUGGUUGCUGGUGGUGGUAUGUAUGUGGAGGUCUUCAACCGAGGCGUUAUUCCACUUGCGUACAGCAUUAGGAAAAAAAAUAAAGCUGGAGAGACAAAUACAUACUUGGACGGUAUCUACCUCUUGUUCACUUAUUUUACCAAACCUGAAUCCAUUGCAGCCCUUGAGGCAACAAUGGUGGCUGAUGAUGAUGUUAUCCGAUCGUCCACUUUCAAGAUUAGGAAAAGGAAAUACUAGUUUAAUUUGUAUUUGUUCAGCUGUAAAAGACAAUAACAGGGGGGAGGCAGGUUUUCCUCAUCUCACCUCUCCUAUGUUUUAGUCUUUUUCAAAGCAAAGCAGUACCUUUUUGUAAUAUAUUUUUAUAUUGCUGAAGUUGCCAUUACAUUCUGCUUUAGUAUCCUCCAAUUUGGCUGAAAUAUAAUAGUAGAGCAUUAUUGAGCAA